AUGUUGGUGCCAGUAUCUGUUGUCUCUCUUGCUAUUGCAGCAGUUGUGAAUGCUGCUCCCUCCUCAGUCAAGCAUGUAGUGCAUGAAAAGCGAAAUGCACCACCAUCGGACUGGGUGAAGGGCUCCCGAUUGGAAGGAAGUGCAAUUGUGCCAAUGAGAAUUGGUUUGACACAAACCAAUCUUGACAAUGGCUAUGAAUACCUUAUGGAGCUUUCUGAUCCAGACUCUGCUAAUUAUGGCAAAUAUUGGUCCCCAAAAGAAGUCCACGACAAGUUCGCUCCUCCAGAGGAAACUCUCAAGUCGGUCAAAGCCUGGCUUGCGUCGUCCGGAAUUCAUCAUUCUCGAAUCUCUCAUUAUGAAAAUAAAGGGUGGUUAGCAUUUGAUGCUUCAGUUGAAGAAGCUGAACGUUUACUCAAUGCCGAGUUUCACGAACACGAACACAAAUUUAGUUCAAGUGUUCGAGUCGGAUGCGAUGAGUACCAUCUUCCAGAGCAUAUCGUACCACAUAUUGAUUACAUCACACCUGGUAUCAAGCUUGCACCAGUCAAGAAGCGAAGCGUGAAAACUAAGAGAUCCACACCUCACCUUUCCAAGAGAAAGAAUCGUCUUGCAAAGGGCAAUCCGUCUGCAGAAAUUAAUAAGUCGACACCACCUUCAGCUGCCAAUCUUCCAAGCGACCUUCAAGAUUGUGGUUCGAACAUGACACCCACUUGUAUCAAGGCCAUGUACAAGAUCCCCACUGCCACCUUGAAUGCUUCAGGUAACUCUCUCGGAUUAUACGAGCAAGGAGAUUACUUUGCCAAGUCAGAUCUUGAUCUCUUCUAUGCCGAGUACGCUCCUUGGGUUCCUCAAGGAACUUACCCCGUCCCGGCACUCAUUGAUGGUGCAAAUUUCUCCGCACCUGCCUCCAGUGCACUGAAUGGAGGCGAAUCUGACAUCGAUAUUGAUAUGGCAUUUGCUCUUAUCUAUCCUCAGACUGUCACCCUCUACCAAGUGGAUGAUCAAAUCUACGAGCCACAAGAAGUUGCUACAACCAAUUUGUUCAAUACUUUCCUCGAUGCACUUGACGGAUCCUACUGCAGCUACAGCGCAUACGGCGAGACCGGAGAUGACCCAUCAAUCGAUCCCGUUUACCCUGAUCCCCAACCUGGUGGGUACAACGGAACACGCCAAUGUGGAAUCUUCAAACCUACCAAGGUCAUUUCUGCAUCAUAUGGUCAAGCCGAAGCCGAUCUACCGAUUGCCUAUACAAAACGUCAAUGCAACGAAUUCAUGAAACUCGGUCUUCAAGGUCACUCAAUCCUGACCGCAUCCGGUGAUUAUGGAGUUGCUUCCUUCCCUGGUGAUGGCAACGCAAAUGGAUGUCUCGGUCCCGAGGGCAAAAUCUUCAACCCCCAAUACCCAGGCAACUGUCCAUACAUCACUUCCGUUGGCGGAACCAUGCUCUACGCCGAUCAAACAGUCAAUGAUGCCGAAUCCGUCAUGCACGUGAACCUCAGCGGUACCGCAUCAAACUUCACCAGUGCAGGUGGUUUCUCCAACUAUUUCCCCAUCCCAUCCUACCAGAAAUCUGCAGUAGAGAAAUACUUCAAAAGGGCUAACCUCACAUACCCAUACUACUCGGAAUUUGAAGUCAAUGUCAACACAACAAAGGGUAUCUACAACCGUAUCGGACGUGGUUACCCAGAUAUUGCCGCCAACGGUGCAGAAUUCAGAGCCUAUACUGCUGGGAUCAAUGAGCAUUGGUACGGCUCCAGUCUUGCAUCUCCACUCUUCGCAUCAGUCUUUAACUUGAUCAACGAAGAGAGAUCCGCAAAGGGCAAGGGACCAAUUGGAUUUGUAAAUCCAACCCUUUACAAAAAUCCAGGAGCGUUGCAUGAUAUUGUUAAUGGAACGAAUGUCGGAUGUGGAACUGAGGGUUUCGCAGCGGUAGAGGGAUGGGAUCCAGCAACUGGAUUGGGAACUCCAAAUUAUCCCAAGUUGUUGAAGUUGUUUAUGGAGUUACCUUAG